GCCGCUGCGAGAGGAGGACCAGAAAUCUGCAGCUCACAGAAUGAAGAGAUCAAAAUGAUGCUGCCUGCAAAAAGGGAUUAAACGUAAGCAAUCUGUCGUCAGCUGCGGUAAAUCUGCACUUCAUUACUGCUCCACUUCUCUACUGUUCAAAUAUUUCUCAUAGCUGUGGCGAAUAUCCGUGAGGGCUAGAUUUGCAUUGUUGAUAGUGCAGGAGGUGGCGAGCUAAUGACAGAUGCAUCGUGCUCACUUUCUCCGUUGCAUUGGACCAGAAUUGCAGCGGAUGCAGGCAGGCCUUUAAUGCGAGCUGUUGUUUUUGUUUCUCUCCCAUCUGCCGGUCUGUAGUCUGGGCGCCACCUCGCGAGGGAUCGGCUGCUGGUGGAUAUCGCGGAUUCGCCACCAGGGUUGUUGAGACAUGGAGACAUGCCGUCGCUGAGCAUCCGUCGCGACGCUUGAAUGACCAUGAUGAAGACCGAAUCUACAUCCAAGAGCACCGGCUCUGGCUCCACGCUCAGGAGCCCAUCCCCGCACAGAAACGCGUACGAGGCGGGGAUGCAGGCCCUGAAGCCCGUCAAAGACAAUGCAGCGAACGGGGACGUGCAGGAGGGCCCCCGGGGGCGCAGGUACGGCUCUAACGUGCACCGUAUCAAGAACAUGUUCCAGCAGAUGCAGACCACAUCCCCGGCCGACGCGGAGGGGGAGGACGUCGUCAAGAACGCGGACAAAUCCGUGCGCCUCACCCUCCCCAGAGCUGGAAGCCUGAAUGAAAACGUGGACCACAGCGCGCUCCUGAAGCUCGGAUCCACCGUGUCCGAGCGCGUGAACAAGUUUGACACCAAACCGGAGAACGGGCACCAGCGGGCCUCCUCACCCAGCUACUCCAAGCUGCAGGAGACGCGCCGCAUCUUCGAGCAGCAGCAGGAGAGGCAGCAGCAGGAGAAGCUCGCAACCACCAGGGUCCUCCUGAAAACAGACAAGGCCUCGGGCUUUCAGGAUGGCAGGCUGGACGUGGUGGCGCGUUUCAACGGCAGCACAGAGUCUCUGGACAGCCUGGACACGAGUGAUGCCGUGUCCCCCACGGUCAGCCAGCUCAGUGCUGUGUUUGAACGCGCAGCCGAGCUGAGAAACAACCUCCACCGCCUCUCAUCCACCCCACCUCUCCCCUCCAGGGGGGUAAGCGCCAAGGUUGGCGUGUUGAACUCUAAAAUAAUCACCAAAAGGGCUUGUACCUUCGCAGCAGGCAACAAGGAGGAUGAGAUUAGCAAUCAGAAUGGGCAAGAGGGGCCUCAGAGGGGCCAAAGAGGGAGGGCGGCACCUCAAUCUGGGGGUAUUAAUGGGGGUCAAAGCGCCCAAACUACUGAACGCGUCAGUUCUGCAGGGGAGCAGAGGGGAAAGACAGUGGCGGAUGCAGGCGUGGAGGCGAAAUCUGAUCUCAAACCUGAGGAAUACUCUGUAGCAAAGGAGCCUAAAAGCACAUCAGUUCAAGGUGACAUCUCUGUGGAGAAUGGAGAAACCACAGGCCAGAAGCAAACCUCGCCAAAGGGGAGUGAUACGCUCAGGCAGGAAAUGGAGAUGGGUCAGGACGCAGAGGAGGAGGAGGACGAAGACAGGACAGUCAGGGAGGACCAGUCAGGUAGGGACUCUGUGGAUAUCAGUACCUACAGCGCCGUGGGGGAGGAUUUUGGAGGAAGCCAGGCGGACGAGGAGGAAGACGAAGUCGACGACCGCUAUGAGCCCGAGUCCAGCUGUGUGGAGAUUUCUGGAUUGCCUGUGGAGGAGGAACCGCCCCCUUCGAGGAAGAUCCGCUUCAGCACAGACCCCAUCAAGGUGAGAGUGGGCAAACACAUAUCGGGGAGGGUUUAAACCACAUUUGUGCAUCAAAACAUCCAUUUAAAAACCAUCAGUGACACAAGAGUGAGAACAGUGGACUGAUCCACCAUCUUUACGACACCCUGGUGGGUUUAUGAUGAAGAGCAGAUGUGAUGUUGACAUUUUUAGCAUCAAAGUGAUACAACCAAAAGAGCAUUCAGCAUGUUUUUAUUCAUGUCAGACAGAGUUAAAGCAUCUUUAUUAAUACAGACACUAUAAUUAAAACCACAAAUACGUCAACUGCAUGGUAGUUUCAUUGUGAAUUGUGAGCCUUAUUUACUUGUCGGUCACUUAUGUCCUCAGUAUGAUUAUCACGUGCGUACAUGAUAAUGACUCGUUCCCACAACAUAAUCAUAUUGGGUGCACAAGCUAGAGAAGUGUGUUUGCACGCAGUAAUAAGGAUAAUUAUAUUUUCUUACAAGUAAUCAUCUGCUUGGAACAGGUUAUUAUCUUGUGCACACAAGCUUCUUUAUCUUGUGCACAUAAUAACUUCUUUAUACCCAUAAAAUGAUGAUUUAUGCACUUGUGGGAACAUGUUUUAUCUUGUGCGCACAAGCCAUUAUCUUGUGCCCUAAACUGAUCAUAACUCGUGUGAAUUAGUAGUUUUCUUUCGAGCACAAUCUGAUAAUCAAUUUGAACACUUCGCACACAAGAUUAUUAUCCAAUUUUGUUUACGCUAUAAAACUGACAUUUUAGAAAUCUGGAGGUUUUUAUAAGUACAUCUGAAUCUUACUAUUAAAGCUACUGUAAGGAACUUUUUUAAAGGUUAUGAAAUAAACUGAGACCAAUAUGAUACUAAAAAAGAAAUAGGACUAAAUAAGACAAGAUUGACAAUUUAAAUUUAACUCUUGAACGACAACAAGAGAGCUGUUUUUGUUAAUUAGCACAGCUUAUACAAGGAUGGUUUUGUCCACAGGAGGCGCCAGAAUCAGCACAGACAGGAAAUUCCUCACAGGAGCUUUAAAUAGUCCCCAAAAUAAAGUUUGACUGAUCUCACACCCUUCAAGGUCCUUACGCACCAGGAACCACAAAAUUUUGAAAUGUUCGGAGGCGAAUUUUAACGGACUAUAAACAUCAAGAGCGAUGUGAUUCUGCGACUUUCCGGGGGCAAACAAGACGCGAUUAGCUUACGAGCUAAAGUUACUUAGCACAGAUGAAAGUUAAAACAAAGACGUUUAGCAAACUGUUAAAGCACACAAACCAUCGUCAUAUGAGAAAUCUGACGCUAUGGCUGUCCACAAGUCGUCCUUCAGGUCGUUAUCUUUGUAGUAUUUGUGUUUUUUAUCAAAAAGCACUCUGUUCUCCGACACGUAAACAAUCAGCAUAUACCGGUGAAUCUGACGUCGCAACAACAAGCAAUCUGAUUGGUCAGAAGUAGACACAAGAGUAUGCCAAACUUUAAAAAAUUCGACCGUGAUACGAAAACAUAAAUGCCCCAAUAUCGCAGGACGGGAAAACGUCGCUGAUGUGAAUGCUUGAAUUGACAGGAUACGGGUUCGAAAAAAAAUAUUGACGUCUGAAAUAAUUGCACGAAAAAAACAGUCCUGGUAUGUAAGGACCUUCAGUCUGUAAGAAUCAGCUUAUAUCAGAAGAUUUUGUGUACAAUUUUAGAGCCAUUCAGGACUUCCUUGCCUUCAGUAUACAAACAAAUGAUGAGGCAAGCUACUAUGCAAACUUAGUAGUCACUUUCUUCCCUUUUUGAAUCUAUUUUAUGAUUUUCUUUUAAUGCAUUUGCAUCCCAGCAUGCGCUUUUUCUGUCCUGAGUGUUGAGAGUCUUGUUGAACUCGGCCUUAAAGCUUAUCUACCGUGACACAGUCAUAGCCGGCUCCUCUGUCAGCUCUUUUAAUGAACUCACUCAGCCUCUGCCGGUGUCAGAAUGAUGCUGACAUUUUGAUUUCACCCCUGCCUCAACACAAGGCUUUGCACACACCACGAACACACAGACCCCUCCCUUCAACAGUAGCCAGCUGCUAAUGGAUGGUCCGGCAGCAUUCCUGCUGUGCAGCUGACAUGGGCCCCCAAAAGAGCCUCCAUGUAGAUACUUAUCUGAAAUGCAGUGGGAGCUGCUGCUGCUGCUUCUGUAAAUAAUUGCCAGGGGAGGAGGAACAAAGAGAUGUGGAUAAUUAGUCCUGUUUUUAGAGAGAGAAGUGGAUACUCUUCUGUGCCGUGUGAAAUGCGUGGUUAGUGGACAGUGUAUGGGAAGCUGAGAGAGGAAUGGAGUGUUUUUGUGUGCAAGAGAAAGAGGGAGGAAGUGAGAAAAAAAAGAGUGAGAUCUCUUCUCGGUCCAGUGAGAUGAAAGAAGCGUAGAGACGAGGAGAAGGAGGAGUUGAUUUAAAGUGUCUCUGUGUGUCUGGGGGUGGUGUAAUGAUCUGGAGAGGAGCAUCAGAUCCUCGCCGGCUCAGUCUCGCUGCUCGGCUCUGCCUCGAGGUCUGGAGCGUUCAGAGACUCUGCCAGCUGAAGUGGGCCCUGACACUGCACAUAAAACACACAUUCCCUCAUGCAGAAAACCGUUUCAGUGACAAAGGGCUCCUGUCCCUUAUCACGAGCAGUCAUGUCGAAAGUUGCUCUUGCUAUACAAGAAGAGGGAUUCACAUUUCAAAACUUGAGAGACAAAUCAACCUGAUACCUUAACGGGGAAAUAGAAAAACUUUAGGGCAUUUUAAUUCAUUUCUAACAGAUAAAACUGCUUAUCACAAAUUAGAAACAGCAACAGAAACUGUGUAGGCUUCACUUUUCUGCUGAAUUACAGGCUGUUUGAGCUUUUAUAGAGAAAGUCAGCAUCUUUUCCUAAAACAUAAGUGGAACAGAAAGUGAUGUGACAGUGAACUCCAGUUGGCCUCUCCGGAUGAUGAAGUUGUAGACAAAAAAUGGAAACGUAAAAUCAGUCUGACUGACACUUUUUGGCAGCUCAGCUAGCAGCCCCCUCACCAGACUGUCUCUGUUCGCCAAAGGGAGUGAAAGAAGCAUCAAUUUAACAGGAAACAAGUUAAGUUAGCUAUGUGAUGAUUUUAGAGUUGUUUUCUUACCACAAUAAAGACACAGGGACAUAAAUUUCUAAAGGGAAUCAACUUAUGUUACAAGAUAACAGUAAUUAUGUUAUAAAAUGAAGUCGAUAAAACCACAUAAUGCUAUUUUAAGGGGUCACUGAUCUUUGCAGAGCAUUGUCUCCUUCAAAUCAACCCAAGAACAUAAUCUGUUGUGGACUGAGCCAACUUGAGUGAAUUUCAGCGUGAGAAAGUUAUUAGAAAGUUAAACGUGUGUUUGAGACGACCUGGCUGCAAAGACAGCAAACCUCUGUAGACGCAAGUGUGAUUGGAUCUCAGUUAGGGCUGGGCGAUCAACAGAAAAUUUACCGGCACUGAAAUUGACGUCAUUUUGCCCAUGUUGGUAUAUUUGGUGUCAAAAAAUAAAUAAAUAAAAGUUGGUUUUGGAUGUGUGUAGGUAGGCUAUGGUCCCAUGUCCCUUUAAGACGCUGUCCUACAUCGGAGACUCCACCCCAUUCAGUUGGUUACAAAGAGGGAAAGACAGGUGAGGAGAUGGAGGACUGUUCAAAAGUUGUAGCGGCCGAAGUCGACCAAGUUAAAGUGGGAGGGGGUGAGCAGCUUGUGGAGUAGUUAUCGUCCAUUUAUCAUUAUCGAGGUGAACUGCUCAAUAUAUUGUGAUAUUGAUUUGAGACUAUAUCGCCCAGCCCUAAUCUCAGGUGUUAAAAGGAUAAGGUAAUCACACCAGCGAAGGUGCUCUUCAUCUCCUCCUUUAUCAACAACUUUCUAGAAAGACUUUCCUUGAACGUCAUAACUGCAAGCAGAAGUAAACUUUUGACUAACAGAGCUCCAACUGUGCACGUUGAGAUAGCCGAAUUAAACUAAACUUUGCAAUUUAUGUGAUAAAACCAAGUUUAAGAAAUAUAAAAGUGGCACAAAGAACUAAUUUCAUCCUGGAGAGAUCAUAGACACUACAAGAUUGUUGAUAACGCUGAUAUCUAAGUGCACAUGUGUGGAGCUACGUCAUUCAAAUAUGAAGAUUAAAGUUAAGAUAUUGACUUCUUGUAGUCUGUGGACUUUUUAUUAUAAAAGUUUGGAAAAAACAUGACGAGAGCAACUUUCGCUGGUGAAAUCACCUUGUUUUCCAAUAAUCUGGUGGUCCAACUUUGCACUGCAUAUGCGUUAAGCUGUGUCUUGUCUGUGUCUGCUUGGUACUACUGUUUGGCUUCACAUCUCAAUGGGCUGUAAUGAGGCUUCGCUGUCUUUUCUAUAGACUGUUAACGGUUUAAAUGUUGUCCCUCUUGCGUUUCUACAACAACACAAUUGGUUGUUGAUGACCUGACUUUUUGUGAAGGUUGUGGGCAUAAUAAUGGUGGGAUUUUGUUGUGGCGUUGUUGCAGGGUUGCUAGGUGAAAGAGGCUGAUGUCAACAAAACAGAGAUACUACAGAUACUUCUACAGUAAACCUUAAACAAUACUCAUCUUUAAAUAAAAGCUAAAAUCUAUAUCUAUAUAAUAAAGCCAACCUGAUUUGAUGCGAACUGUCGUCACGCUGAAAAUCCCAAUAAUCCCUUAUAAAUAAUGCGUGAGCUCUGUACAUCCAUCAUGUAAUGGAAAUUGUAAACGCAGGAGAAAAACAGACUCGUACCACAUGAUUUUAUCCUCAUGAGAUCAAAGAUGGAUCGCGGCAGGAAGCGGAGUGUGCGCGCCGCGACAAAGAAGUCAUAACUCUCUAAAAGACAGAAUUUGGUUGUGACCCUGCGGCCGUCAUCGCAGAAUAACCUCCUAUGGAGUCUUUUCACACUGUAUCAGAGCGGCCUUUGUUAUGGAGAUUGAUGCUGGGGUGGAUGAGAGUAAGAAAAAAGGGUCGAGGGGGUGUUGAGGUCAAAUGGGAGGGGCGUUAUUAUGCAGCUCAAAUGUCAUGCGAGUGUAUAACUGCCUGCUCUGAAGUCACUCAGUGUCAGUCGGUUACUCGUGCUCAUUUCGCUGCAACAGCUCCGCUUUCGGGUACAAUUAAGUCUUGUUGUUAUGAUGGCGCUUGGAAGUCUGGGUGCACGUCUGGCUUCGUCCCCAUUUUACACUAAACGCUGCUCCCUGUCUGUCUGUGUCCUCUAAUACUGUCAAAAAUAACAGCUCAGCUCCCGGGUGGAGUUCACACUACUCCCCUUUGUUUCUUCCCUCGCUCCUUCUCCUUCUCCCUUUUCGCUCUUUGUCACCAGUCUCCUCCUGUCGGUAAAAAUAGCAGCAUUGUUAUCGUCACAGACUCGCCUCACUUUUCAGGGCCGCCUGCCUCACUUGUCGAACACAGGAAGCUGCCUCUCAUGUCUUAUUUAUUCGUUUAGCUUGUUUGUUUUGGCUUCUUGUGAUAUCGCCCGGCACCCACGCCGUAGUUUAUUAUGAAGCCUGCUGGCAUGUUGUGAAUUUUAAUUAUUUAUCCUGUUGCUGGAGGGGGGAAAAUCUCCAAAAGAAAAGGAGGUACUCUGCGUUGGACUUGCACUGAUUCCCUCGAAACUAUAAGCUCCAAUUAUUCUCGCUCACCUGGUGCACUUAUCACCUCGCUUACUCGUACACUUUCACCGCACACACGCUAUCUGGUGGGUUUUCUGCUGCCUACGCAAGACUGACUGAACAACAGUCCUGCCAGGCCGCUCUCUGAGAACACCUAUGAUUUUCUGUCUCUCUGUAUCAUUAGCACAGGCAGUGAAUGUUCCUGUGUUAUAAUAAACUCGGGGUAUUAAUUUAGUAAAAUCCAGAGGACAAUAAUCGAGUUCGAGGAUGCAGCCAUCACAACAAAAUUAUAGUGCAAAAAAAAAAUGCAAGCUUUCUCGGUUUCACUGCUCAUUCGGCCAAUGAGGGAUUGCCUGAGGAGAGGUAAUUCAUCACCAUAUGUCAACCUAUCCUCAUACUGUCUAUUACUUAGACUCAGCAGGCCGGCAGUUUCUCGUAUAGUACAUUACUCACACACACACAGGAGAGAGGUGGGGGACCAGACAGAUUAUCAGCAAGGUCAUUGUGCCCCACUUCCUCUCAGUCCUGCAGGCGUGGUGGUGGUGGUGGUGGUGGGUUUCAAGCAUUUUACCAGUAACUGCGACAAAACCCGAUUAUGCAACGUGGCUCCCUGGUGAUGUCAGGUUGCUGUUUGCUCUCGUGCAACCUGCAAUCGCGUCGUCUGGUCCAGCCGUCUGCGAGGCUUCACCUGCGCUGUAGGUAGGAUUUAGACGCUUAAUGUUACUUACAGCGACUUUAAUUGAUCCCCAGGGCACACAUUAGAGCUUAAAGGUUUAGUGUUUAAUAACAAAAAGGUUUAAUCUUUUUAAACAGACCCUAUAGACGGCAGUCUGCUCAACCCCACCAUUCAGAGUCUGCUCAUUCCUAUUAGAGAUGCCAGUUUGAAAAAAUUAAAUGCAGAUUUAGUCACAAAUUUUUGCAAAUAUUUGCUGUAAAGAAGAUUAAAGAUGAUGUUUGUUGUGAGAAAAGAGUCUUAAACCGCUGUAAUGGCUUUCUGCAUUAGGGGCGUCCUUUCAUGGGAGUAUAAUGAUGAAUGAAAAUAUACUUUUUAAAGCUCCUGUAGGGAGUUAUUUUGACAUUUACAAAAUUGACUGAUUUUCAUAUUAAUGCCUUUUUAUGAUAUAUAAAGUCAAAAGAGACCAUUGAUGCUUUUUUUCUGUUAUUUUUAAUUCUGUAGAGCAGUGGUUCUCAACUGGUUUCACUCUGGGACCCACAUUUUCCCAUGGUCCUUAACUCACGACCCACUUUUAUAGAAUUCAAACCAAGCAAAUUCAUUUUGUAUAUAUAAAAAAAACCGUUAAAGACUCAAAUCUUUAACAUAAAUCUACUUGUUUUAUUGAGUAAAGUGAAUUCCAGAGCACAUGAAGGGGACAACAUUGGGACGACAACUACUGAAGUUGCUUAUACAGAAAAUAUUGAAUAUCUAAUAAAUGAUGCAUUAAAUAUUGAUUUUUUUGACCAGCUGUUCGUGACCCAUCCAGACUGUGUCCGCGACCCACUUUUGGGUUGGGACCCACCAGUUGAGAACCACUGCUUUACACCAGUGGUUCUGAAGUCCAGUCUUCGAGGCAUACUGUCCUGCAUGUUUUGGAUGUUUCCCUGCUCCAACACACCUGAUUCAAAUGAUCAGCUCGUUAUUAAGCCAGUACAGAGCUUGAUAAUGAGCUGAUCAUUUGAACCAGGUGUGUUGGAGCAGGGAAACAUCCAAAACAUGCAGGACAGUGGGCCUCGAGGACUGGACUUGAGAACCACUGCUUUAGAGGAUAGGUGUCAGCAAAGCAGCUAAAAAAAACCACUUUUUCACACUUGACGCAUAAAAUAUUCACAACAGACAUCACAUUUCGCUGUUAAAUAUGAGCAAUGUUGUGAUUUUUGUUGUUGUCUUGGCAAAAAUCACUUCUUAAGCAUGCAGGAGAAGAUUAGUCGGUUUGAAAAGUUUUGAAUGAUCGCUCAGAGGGCUGCUACAGCUAGCUCACUGGCAGUCUGCUACUUCUUCAUUUAUCCUGUUUUUAAUUAAUGUGGCAACCAUUGUGAAGGGCAGCUACUGACCCUUAAACUAUUACUGUGUGCGUGUUUUUAAGCACGAUUUAAUAAAUAGAUGCAGUUCUAUACAUAUACAUAUACAUAUAUUUCUAACAGAUGGUUAUUUUCAUGUCGAACCAUCAUAAACAGCGUUGUAUCCUGUGUCGUGUUUGUCAGAUCCUCUGUCUCUGACCUUAUUCCUGUGCGGCCGUGUCCAUCUGCAGGGUCAGCGUUAAGCCUAAACAUGACUGCUGACCAGAGACCAAAAGAGAAAAAAAACAGACAAACAAGCUCUGGUUCCAUGUAGCUGUCACUGUGACAAGUCCGCCAUAUCCGUUUUAUUGGCUCGUGGGGACGGCAGCCUGAACUACAUCUUUAUUUUCUGUUUACAUGUCGCACAUCUGGGAUCUGGAUUAACCCCCCAAUUAUAGAGGGAUUUAGGAGCAAUUACCUGCCACUUGUGGACCGUGUUUGACCCGAGCUCACCGGGGAGCCAGUCCAUGAUGGUGUCGCCAAAGUGUUAAGAGGGAAAGUGCCUCUCUUUGGUCUGCACAUGCUCAGUUUUGACAGCUUGUUUGAGAGCAUCACGCAAGCAUCCUGACCCAAAGAAUAGGGAUUAACUGCAGCAGAUAUGCGCAGAGGAGUGUGUCGAAAAAGCCUUUAUUUGCGUCAUAAUCGUCUCUAUUUGAUUGAAUUGGAGAGCAGCAGAGGAGCUCAUAUUCCCAAAUUAGAUGGAGGCUAGCAUGAGUAAGAAAAAUGAUGUAAAAGUUGGGCGAAUUACAGAAUUAAGAGGGUGGAAAGACGCUAUUUUUGUUGUGAAAAAAAAACAGGGACACCACCUCCACACUUCCUAUUGGCUGGAUCCAGAAUUAGAUUGGGUUUUUUGGAGAGUUAAGAGGGAAAGAAACACAGCGGUCGUGGGCAGUGGAUGGAGGGGGAAGAGGGACUCGCUGGUUUAACCACCACAGGGAUACCCAAUCACAGCAUAGCCAGAGGGCACCCAGGCUGGAACCGCUCCGUCAUUUAACCGUCUCCCUCUCACGACAACUGCAUCGUAAAAUGGUAUUUACCGUCAUUUUAGGGGCUAUUUUUGAUACCUUUCGCUGUUCCCAGCAGUGUGUCCUCCUAGAAGACACAAACACGUCUUACUAGCUGGUGAGCGGCUCGUGCUAGCUGCCCACAGAGCUUUUGUAGGACAUCCCAGGCGGCUGGUAGCAGAGGGGAGGGAGGGAGGGAGUUUCCUGGCCAUCUGUUAGCUCCUCUGACCUACUAUCUGCCACAACUGGAGCAGCGUCCGUCUCCAGCCUGGCCCUGCCCACUUCUCCCCUCCUCCUCCACCACCACCACCACCACCACCCGACUUUAAUCCCAAUGUUUAUCUUCCAAAGAUAGCCACCUCACCGUUGGAGGAGUCCGUCUUUUACUCUAAGGUUGGGGUUAAAGGUUGCGCCAAGCGGGAUCUCAUUAGCCUGUCUGCGCCGUGCAGGAUCAUGGCCGCAAAUCUCCUUUAGGAAGCGAAAGUGUUAAAUCUCACUGAGGGUGUGCAGGACUGGUUUCUGAACUCGCUCAAGGCUCGAGGUCAAAAUGCACGUCUAAUCAAAGCUGUUUUUUUUUCCCCCAGAAGCUUUUGCAGCAUCGUGGGCGUUAAAUGAGGGCACUACAAGCCACCAGCUGUGGCCUCUUGAUCUCUAUAACUGAAGGAGGGGAGCGGUGCCACGUGAGAGCUGCACAGUGGGCACGCAGGCUCCGAGUGCUCUGUUGUUGUUUUAUUCUCCGUUACUUAGGAUGCAAACAGUGUAUUUUGUGUGUCUGUAAUCCACAUUCUGCUAAUCCCUCUAAAUACGAAGGUAACCUAAAUCAAAAGCCAUUAGACUUCAGUGCUGCUCCCAUUCGUGUCUGUCAUCCGCAGCACAGCCAGUCUCAAUUCGAACCACCCAAACUAGCAAAACUGCUAUUCAAAUAAUGCUUCAAGUUUUUGUUUUAGCCAUGGCUUCAUCUUUCAGUUCCAUUUUUGAAUAAAAGCUCGGUCUGUAAUUUCUACUUAAACUGGCUUAAACCCCCUUAAUCCUCCACUUCCUGCAUUAAAGUCUUUGAAGCAGUUGAUUGUAAAUUGGGACUCGACCAGUUCAAAAAAGCAGAAAUUAACUGUGACACUGUCAAACAAGGCAAACUAAGGCCAACACCUGCAGCUAUACUGGAUGGGACUAUUACGGUAUCAAUAUGACAAACUGAUGCUGGAAUAUAACAGAAAUAACAUCCCUGUAAGACUUUAAAGAGAUAUUCCAGCGUAAAAUUAAUUUAGGGUCAAACACACCGUGACACCGAGUCAGACACCCCCUCGAGAGAUGAAUGUUGCUGACUGGCCGCUUGUUUGUAGUGAGCCCUCGAACAGCUCAAGGAAGAACAUUUAUGAUCAUUUCUUCAUGGAAAUGCAAUCAGACUGAGAUGCUAAAGCAGAAGAACUACUGCGUCUGUAGUGAAAAACGAUUAAUAUGGUGAUUAUUACUUAAAGGAAAUGAUCAUAAAUGUUCUUCCUUGAGCUGAGUCACCCCACUGUAGUAGUCCGUAAUGGACUGGCCAGAGGUCUCGCUACAAACAAGCGGCUGCUGGAAGAGAGUAGGUGAGCUGUGUUUAGUCUCUUUGCUAAAGAAAUUAGGCAAAGCUAAAAAGAUGUUUGAUGGCUAGUACUAUGCCUAGUUAGGUGCUGUUCUGAGCAUUAUUUGUGGCUAUAGAGUGGCUUUUUGGUUGAGGUUUGUGUAUGGUUCCAAACACAGUCUUAACAUUAUACAGAUGUUUUGGGGUUGUGAUUGUACGCUCAUGACAGAUUUUAUUACUUAUUUCUGUAGAAAAACAUCAUUGAAAUUAUUUAAAGUCAAGAGUGCAUUCAAUGGUCAGGUGGCGGCGAAAGCACCCUCUGCUGAAUUGACUGCAAACAGCUCCGGACGACUCCAUGCGCUGAUUUGCUCUAUAUUUUGGAAGUGAACGACAAUUUACAGUUUGAAUGUGAACUUUUGCCCGCAAGUUUGAAGACCUAAACUUUAACAAAGUGACAUCCCUAGGACUGAUUUAGUGACGCCAAAUGAAAUACUGUUGUCAGCCAAAACAACCAUCUAGCUCCCCUUCAAAGUAAGUUUUACAGACUAUGGAAAGCUGAAUGAUUCUUGUGUUUCUGUUCAUUUUGUUUCCUUUCUGCAUUCCUCCUCCGCUUUGCUAAUCCCGUGCACAUGAGCCGCAUUUGUCAACAGGGCUGUCAACCUUGGCGUUAAAAACCCCACAGCAAGUCGAAACGCUGGCAUGAAUCAGUAUGAUAAGAACUAAAAAUACCAGUUCUUGUGUUUGAGAAGGAUAAAUAAGUAUUUUGAUUUUGAAGCUGCAGUAUAUUAGCUGCACAUCUAGUUUGUAUAUUUCUAUUUUAGUGUUUAUUUGAGGAAUAAGGUGCUGUAACUAACAUUUGAAACUACAUCAGCUUCUUGAUAUUUUAUACCCAGUGAAUUUUUCCUCACAUAAGGGGGGUUAUAAGUGGGAGUGGGGCAAAGAUAAAAAGUGUAAACAUGACAUUGUAGAUUUUUUUAAGAUGCUUUUAUUUUGAAAAUGAGAAUAUUGAGGGAUGUGAUAGGUGGGUAUUAGACAGGGGGCUCCAAGCUUAAAGUUUGAGCUGUGUCCCAUCCCAUCUGUUAGUAUGGAGGAGGCGGGGCUUAUGACCUAUACCAUGGCUGGUCACAAGGGGGAGCUCCACAUGUUUUGGCUUUACUUUUGGAAAACAGUCUUAAUGUUCAUGAUAGUCAAUAUUUCAAACAUAAUAAAGCUUCAUGAAAAUUAUUAUUUCAUAUCAAUUUAAAUCGUAAAUUUGACCAUAAGAAGGGGGCGCUAAAGCUGACAUAAAUCCAAUAUCCUUACUGGAGCUUUAAUUUUAUUUCUCUUUACAGCUAUGGAAUUAUAAUCUUACAUUUUUCUGCAUUAAAUGAAACUUCCAGCAGAAUUUCUUCUUUUAAAAUCUUCAUUCAUGUGAGUUAACUUUGAUGGCAGUGAUUUGGCUCGAGCCUGUAACAUUUUUCAGCUCUUUUUCCUCUCCAGUGUCGCAUGAAACUACAUUGAUGGUGAAUAAAUCUGUGUGGAGAGGGGCUGCUAACGUUUCAAAGGCACUGUCAAAAACUGACAGGCUCUGUACUGUGUGGCUGCCCGGGGAGACGGGGCCCACACAGCUGAAGGGUAGCGCCGAAGCUACGCAACGCUACUUAGUGACACAGAUGGACAAACUAAACAGCAGAGCGAGAAGUGAGAGAGAUAAAGUAAACAAAGACUCGAGAAAAGUGUGAAAGUGUCGCAGCAGAGGGAAGAAAAGGAGUCCGGAGAGAAAAGAUGAGAAAUUGAACCAAAAAAAAACGGAAGAAUGUGUGAAAAAAAAGAAGCUUAGGUAAUUAAUAUGGCUGGCAGAGCAUGCAAAGGUGGUGCGGCAUGCAUAAUCACCUCCUAAGACUGAAAGUGAGGCUUUAAAGAUUCAGCUUACUGUGUGAGUGUGAGUGUGUGAGUGAGCAGCUGCAGAGGGCCUCCAUUAGCAUGCUGGAGGUGCUUAUGUAAACUGUCAUGCUGUUGGAAGAGAGUGAAUGUAGGAAGUUGAAACAGAGGCCUCUGUCUUCAUGAGAGCAACUUCAGUGGUUGUGAUUGAUUCCCCCCUGAGAGUCUGAUAAACAUUACUGCUGUGAACCGAUACCGCUUCACCGGAGGCCUGGAGGAAACGUCUCGGCUGAAACGGUCGAUACCUCUGAAGUGCAUUAUGUCUGCAUUAACACUGGCGGUCAGCUUGUAUCAAACCGCAUAUCCAGCUCAUAUCUGACAGCUGCUUGUAUAUCCAUGACAUCUGAAUAAUAAGUGAUGAACUACAUCAGACUCUGUGAUCCUGUGUUUACUCAAAUUAAAGCUCCUGUAAGCGGUUUUUAGCUGCUUUUGAAGGAGACAGUUGACGCCAAUUUUUGACAUUUCUAGAUCAUGGAUGAACAAUAUGUGCGUGUAUCCUCAAGUAUAACAAAGUAUGAAGUCAAGUUAGGCUGUAUUAUGGUACAUCCCAGGGGUGGGAAAUUAAUUUUUACAUGGGGCCACAUGAGAAACCUGAACUGUGUUGGAGGGCCGAACCAACAAUAACUUCAACUUCAAACCAGGGGGGUUCACACAUACAGAUAAGCAACUACGAGUUAAAAACAAGCCCAAAAAAAGCGAAACCGUGACUCACGAGUUUUACAAGCGACUUCUGAGAAAAACACGCCUAAAGUCAUUUAUAAUAAGCGAACUUGGCAGCUAUGAGGCAUCUACGUAUAUUUUGCUGAUGUUUAAACUUGUCUCUGUUCCGGAAUGGAGAUCUAGGAUGUACGCACGUGCGCGCAAACAGAAAUAAAGGUCUUGUAUAUACUGUCAGAUGUCUGCUGCAUCUCUCUAAAUCAGUGUGUAGUUGUCUGCCUUCGCGAAGAGGAAAGCCGGAGCGCAUCCGUUUGGGUGCAUUUCCGUAUAUUCGCCAUUGUGUCGUGUGGAGUUUGUUCGCUCGUUUGAUUGGUCAGGUUUGGGUGCGUUCCCUAUUAUCACCAGCAUGUCCAGCAGACUGCUUGACAUAGUUUCGACAAAGAAGAAACAGCUUCACUGGUGGUGGUCAGGAGGAAGAGGAGGAGGAACUCGUUCUGAAAAAGGGUGCAAGUCGCGACAUUGGUUGUCUGGAGAUUCUUCAGAUUUAGAAAAUCUUACAAUGUUCAAAAACAAUACUAUGGAAAAUGUGUCGUGUGGCUAUCGUCGCUGGAGGUGGAAACACCAGCAACCUCUUCCACCACCUAAAGAUUAAACUCGCCAAGCUCUAUUAUGAGAGCCAAAAGAUGUGUGGUGCACUUGCUGCACCAGAAACUAAAGUUGCAGCAGCUCCUCUCAUAUAAAAGAGCUUUGCAGAGUCUCCAGACUAGUCUGACAUUUCGCAACAAAUGCGACAAUAUGUUUUUUUUCAAGCCAUUAAUUGAAUUGACAGGGAGAAAAAAAACAUUCUGUGAUAUAUACCGUUACCAGGAUAUAAGAUUUCGUUCAUACCACCCAACACUAGUAUGAAGAAAAAAAGCAUGCAAAAAUCUCAAGUGUCACAUUCUCAGGAACAACUUCAAGAUUAUAAAUGAUUCAGCACGUGGUUUAGGGUCCACAGGAAGUGAUGCGUUUGUGUUUUCAGUAGCAGUUUCUAUUCUUAGAGAGGAAGUGGUGAGCAGCACAGUACAGUUAAAAAAACAACAGAAAACCACAAAGUUUUUUGCUUAAAGUUUUGAAAGUGUGAAACAGGCCUUGGUUUGUCUGUUCGAAGCCCUCAGAGGUUGUAGAGGAGAACAGGCAUUUUCCAUCUGCUGCCAGUUUUUAUACUUAGCUGACUGUCCCAGAGUGGAUUUGAAAUGUUGGUAUCAAAGUGGGACUGGUCGUCUCAUCUCACUUUCUGAAAUAGGGAGUGCAGCGAAAAGCCUGAGCACAUUUUCACACUGUUUUACAUUUUCUUUCGUUUGUCUCGAGCACAUCCACAUGAGCUGAAAGUUGUCUUGUCUGUAUGUCUGACCUGGCGUCUCUGUUUCCUCCUCCAGGUGUUCGCCACCUACCCCAACGAGGACUAUGACAGGCGUAACGAAGACGUGGAUCCCAUGGCGGCGUCCGCAGAGUACGAGCUGGAGAAGAGGGUGGAGAGGCUGGACCUGUUCCCCGUGGAGCUGGAGAAAGGUAACCGGCUUUCAGGUCUUUCCUCAGAGCUUAGGGUUCACAGAUUUAGUGUCAAUGACUGGUUUCCAUUUUGGGGGUACAGACUCAUCUAGCUUCAAACAGGUUCAUGUCCACCUGUCAGUCAGCUUAGCCACGCCCCUCUUAGCCUUUAUUGAACCAGAAUGGAUGAGCUGUUGAAUCAUUCACCCUCCAAAGAGUUUGCAUAUGAAGAAGUGAGCUGUAAAGCCUUUUUAAGAGGCUUUUAUUUUGGAGGAACUGGUCUUCUCUGUAUUUUAUCAUUGAUUUUAUCUUAUUUUAGGUUUUAUUUGUUGUUUAGUGUUAUUGAUUGUUGUCAUUCUUUCAGGUUCUUGUUAAAUUUGACACUUCAGGCUGCAUGUUUUUGUUGCUUUUUUUUGCAUGAAAAGUGUGAUACAAAUAAAGCUGGAUUGGAUUUAUUAUGGACUCUGGUGAAAGACAGCCUCAAACGGACCCUUUAAGAACUGCAGUUUUUGCUCAAAUUGCCUUUAAAUUUUGUCCAUAUGGUGAUUCAAAUUCUUGAUAUACUGUCUUUAUAAUAUCACUUAAAUCCAGGUAUAUCCAUCCGAACUGUUUGAACCUUAGCUGCACAAAAUGUGUUCAAAAGUUUUGAUCGCACAGAAAACUCAAAGUAUUUUCACUCGCUCUUGGGCAUGAAAUAAAAUGGGUAGAGGAAAUUUAACAUUUCUGCACAGACAUUUGGAAUCGAGUUCUUGUGCGCAUGGAUGCUUAAAUCCGGUCUUUCUGUCCGUCUUUGAAGUCUCAUGAAAAGUAAAAUCAUAUUUCUUUUUUGCUUCGGUGUUCACCAGCAGCCUUCUUCCUACAGGGUGAAGAAAUAUGCAAGUUUCACCCUCCGUCUAUUUCCAGUGAGCUGCACUUAAACAUCUCUUUGACAUUAUGGUGCAUUAAUAUAUUUAUAGAAGACUAAAAAUAGAAUUGUAUACAGGGCAGAUUAUACAGGAAACCAUAUGUGACCACGCUCUGUAUACAUACAUGAUGUGCCGCUGUGUUUGCCGUCUCUUAUAAUUACACCAACUCUGGAAAACAGUGCUGACAAAUAAUUACAUUAAGUCCUCCAUCACACUUCAAGCAGCGAAUCCAAGCACCGGAUAGAUUCUUAUCUGACACUCAGGAUCAAAUAAGAAAGUUAACAAAAGCAGGGUUUUAUUUUAUCAGGACAGUGUGAAGGAUGGUCUUUGUCUUUCACAUAAAGGAGCUCGUGAGUGCUUUUAUCACAAAUAAAAUUCAAUUACGGCAACAUACUCAAGGUUUUCAGUCUUAAAGGACUGGAAAAAAAGAAGUCUUAAUUCCUCUGAUUCAGACAUCGCCUUCAGUUUCACUGCACUCUUUUCAUGGACUUUACUCCCACUGGAGUGGAGAAAAAAUGGGCAUAAGUGGCCUAAAUUUGGAUUACACACAUGCUAGUAAUGUUAUUCCUGCACAGUCUACAUGGAUAGUUUGACGUUUAUAGAUGAAGACGUUUUUGACUGAUAUGAGCACAGGCUGCACCCUGUUGUCACCCGACUCAAGCAAACACUGCAGAGGAACAAUAACACUAACUCUGUUUUUGGCAAUCCCCCAAAAUCUUAAAGCUCCUAUCAGGAGUUUUUGAUAUUAUCAAACAGGCUGAGAUUCAUGUUGAUGCUUUUUUGUGACACUUGAAAGUUAACAAAACCAUUAGCAACAAGGUUUAAGAUUUUUGUAUCCUAUUUUUUAAGCCUGAAUCUCAUGCAAGUAAAACUUUCAGAAUAGAGGACACAUGUGACAGUCAAAAAGUCAAAUAAAACAUGUUGUACCGCUGUUUUUCAGAAAUAGAAAAAUAAUCAUCAAAAAUGUUAUGAUUGAUCUUUAAAAACAAACUGAGACUCACCAGAGACAGAUUAAAGGUGCCGGUAGAUUAUGAACUUUAAGCUACACCAGAAUCCUUAAAAAGUUAUCCAUGGUAGUGCCUGGAAAAAUCAGCGUUGUUUCUAGAAGUUAGCCAACACUAGUUACCAAAUUAGCUUAUCAUGAACUAGGGCUGGCUACUUCAAAGCAUAGCAUAUCUAUAUUGUUGCUAGAAGUUAUUUAGCUUCUUGCUAACUCAGGUUGGCUACUUCUAAGAGUAACAUAUGUAUGUUUUUGCUAGAAGUUAGUCAACCCUAGUUAGCUAGUUAGCUUCUUGCUAACUAGGGUUGGCUACUUCUAAGCAUAUAUUGUUGCUAGAAAUUAGUCACUCUAGUUAGCCAGUUAGCUUCUUGCUAACUAGGGUUGACUAACUUCUAGCAACAAUAUACAUAUGCCUUGCUUAGAAGUAGCCAAUCCUAGCUAGCUUCUUGCUAACUAGGGUUGGCUACUUCUAAGCAUGUAUACUGUUGCUAGAAGUAAGCCAACCCUAGUUAGCUAGUUAGCUUCUUGCUAACUAGGCUUGGCUACUUCCAAGCAGAGCAUAGGAAUAUUUUUGCUAGACAUUAGCCAACCCUAGUUAGCUUCUUGCUUACUAAGGUUGACUAACUUUUAAGCACAGCAUAUGUAUGUUGUUGCUGGAAGUUAGCCAACCCUAGUUCGCUAGUUAGCUUCUUGCUAACUAGGGUUGGCUACUUCUAAGCAGAGCAUAUAUUGUUGCUAGACGUUAGCCAGCCUGAGUUAGCUUUUUGCUAGCUAGGCUUGCUGCUUCAGGAGGAUAGUACUAAAUAGAUACUAAAGUUUUUGUUUUACCUUAUGCUGCUAUCAUAAUGACAGGUUAGCUUGGAUGUGGGUGAAUGCUAAUAGGAACAGGCAUACACUGGUUAGUAAUGACUUAUCGAAUAUGUUACUUUACCCUUGAGUACGACCUCUGUGUUUUCACUUUUGAUUGAAUUCUUAUCUCUGAUUUUAAGUCGAAUGAUUUGUCAGUAUUCCUCACUUUCUUUAGAUGUUGGUACUUUUUGAUAACAGCAUAUCUCGGCCCUGAAAAGGCUGCUGUGUGACUGUGGGGAACGACGAGGUAAAAAUAGGAAAACAAUCGCCUUUGUUGAUGUUUUAUAAGGAAGGAAAUACAUUGUCAGACCUCAAGGACAGGCACACAAUGCAUUUUGUCGGUAACAGUGAAUGUAAACACAGCAUAGUUUGUUUGGAAAGAAAGGUCUGCGGGGAUCUUUAACUUUGGGUCUUUUCUGUUCGAGGAAGCUGCACUUUCACUCCCACACCCAAAAUGACGGAUUUUUAAUGGACUGAGAUGAAGAUUGGAUCAUGUUUUCUACAUGACCUCCUAUCUUUGACCAAAAAAUAAAUAAAUGUUAACAGUUAGAUAACUUCUAGUCUUGUGUUUUAUUUCUUUGUCUUCCAGAUGGUGAUGGUCUGGGGAUCAGUAUCAUCGGGAUGGGCGCAGGAGCCGAUAUGGGCCUGGAGAAGCUGGGAAUCUUUGUGAAGACAGUCACUGACGGAGGAGCAGCUCACCGAGACGGCAGGUACGUUCAUUCAGACUGACAAGGCCUCUGCUACGUACGCCGUGGGUCGGCCUGAGGUCAAAUCAGUAGUUGUAGUUUUAUUCCACUAGCAGAUUCUUCAUUGUCCCACAAGUCUCUUAUUUCUGGCAGCUGUGAGGCUCUUUCUCUGCCAAGAGUCGGCCGUUUUUUUAAAAGAUGGAGUUCGGCUUGUGUGGGCUUCAGUGUAGAGAUGACGAACAGAGGCUGCCGCUGAGCUAUUAUUGCAAACUCUAAACAUCUCUCUCCACCGCCUCCGCUAGGAUCCAGGUGAACGAUCUGAUUGUGGAGGUGGACGGGACCAGUUUGGUGGGAGUCACCCAGAACUUCGCCGCCUCCGUGCUCAGGAACACCUCAGGAACCGUCAAGUAAGAGUCACUCUGAGCACACACGCUGUUUCUCUAAAAAAAUUAUUCAAAUGAACUAAUCAUGAAACAGCAGUUUAAAGUUUAAUCACCACAGCAGCUCAAGGAUGGAAAUUCACUGAGAUUAGGGGGUUUUUGAGCUGAUUUCAAAGUGGACACCUACGGUUAUGGAAAGUUCACGACUCUGGUGUUUGUUUUGUUUUCUUUCGCUGUUUCUUCUCUACUCCGCCAUCAAAUUUCUUACAGUCUAUAAAAUACAAACAGGAAUGUUUUAUUGAUGGAGAAAGAGGAGGUUUAGGUGCUUUAGUAAGAAUGAGUAACAGGAACUUGAGGAUUUCCCCACAGCUUUCAGUUCUGCUUUUGUUUUGUGCCUUUUCGGUGGCAUUGGUGCAGCAAAAAGUGAAUGUGGUAAACGUCAAUAUGCUCUGUGAGAUUUAGAAAUUGAAUCCGGGCAGAAACCAACCUUUUAGCAGUAUGCAUUCAUGUACAAACACUGAACUGAAUUUACAAAAAACAUCCCAAAGGACAGGCAGUCUUCGAGAGCACACAGAUUGGCUGGUUAAAAAGUGCCUCCUUGUCCCCUCUCUCCUCUGUCCUCCUUCCUGUGACCUGGAAAUAACUCUAAGUGGCGUCUUGUCGGAUGUCUCAGUCCCUAAAAUGUUUUUAGAGGAGAGCAGAGUGAGGACAGAGCAGGGUCGCUGAGGGAGCAAUAAGAGAGGAAGCACAGGUGUAUCCUUUUUGAUGCUUUAGAGGGGUCAUGGACUGAUAAAGCUUCAAGAAUAUAUGCCAGUAGAUGUUUUUCAGCUUUUUUGAAAGAUUAAGGGAGAUAAAAUGGUAAACUAAGACAAAACAAUGAUCAGAAAACACCUCAGGUCUUAUGUCUUAUCAUACUCGAACUCUUGAAAAGUGAUUUCCUCUACAAACAAACACUGUUCAUGACAGAGCACUGAGACAGACUUGGAGGCCAGACCAGACUGGUUUGGUUUUGCAGCAUCUGUUUGAUCAAUAAAUAUAACGUCAAGAUCAUAAAUCACCUUUAAUGGCUUUUAUUUGAUUUCCAAAUUAAGACUCUUUUAAAGGAUUGCUUUAAACUUUACAAACAUGGACUUGUAAACUGUUUAAACAUGAUUUUUAGCGAGUGGUUGCAAAAAAAAAAACAAUCUUUUUAUUUUUGUUUGUGAUCGUUUGCGGUGAUGAUUUCUGCUGAGACCGGGACAGAUGUUCCCCUUCGCUCUGUCUCUGCCUCUCUCUCUGAUAUCCUGCAUUCUUACUUAAAGAGACGAUUUCCUCCUGAUAGCCGGUCUCACUCACAGGACCGACUUCGACCACAUCCUGCCGGUUCAGCUCACCAGACAGCAGAUUUAUAUCUCAACUCUCACAGGGGUCACGAUUACAGCCCGCAGUGUUGAAAAGCUCCUCUUUGAGACAUCCUGAAUAUACGGUCAAAAGAUUCCACGUUGAAUGCUGUCGGCGUCGACGUAUCAAACUGAAACACCGGCGGACUAUUUGUAUCCCCUGCUUUUUGUUGUGCUCCUUUUGUCAUCCUAGCUCAUCAAUAAUUCAACGCUUAGCGGUCAGAAGUGAGGAGGAAUUGUUGGUGCGUCUUGUGAAGAAGAGAGACUUCCAUAGAUAGCUCAUACAUUAUGGAUCGAAGGACGCCGAAGCUCAGACCUAUUCAUAAAAAAACAUCAGGCGGACAAAUAGUCAGGGGGAGGAAGUGUGUUUGUGAACGUUUAAUUAGCAGUUAGCGCUGCAGACGCUGAAUAGCCGCAGGCGUAAUAACAUCUGUGGCUGCGUCGUGAUUUACAGUACGCUUUCCUGUUUACUGCUGGCUUUUAAUUGGACGGAGAAUUAUAAGGGCUCAAUCAGGGAACGUAUAAGCUCUGUAAUGAAAUGAACAAUGAGCUGGAGGAGGGGAGGCAGAGCUGAGGGUUUGAUUUUAAUCAUAGGAAGAAAUCAACUCCAUAGAGAGAGAGAGAGAGAGACUGUCUUUGUUCAGCGGGGAAACCGGAAGUGAGUUUUGGUCAUCAGGGAGGCCGAGCAUUCCUCUCUACAUCAAUACAUCAUGAUAAACCUCCUGAAGAAGAAGCCUGCAUGAAAAAAAACCUGGACUAUCCCUCAGAGAGCCUGCAGCCAUGCUCCUCAGCGGCCAGGAGGGAAAAAAAAACAGACCGUUAUAUAUUAUUUAGCAUGCACAUACAGUGUAGCGUAAUACCAUAUCACCUCCAUCAGCUGCUUUGAACAUGAUGUGGGUCAGGGGUGAGAUAUUUACCGAGAUGCACUCCUUACCAGGUUCGUGAUUGGCCGGGAGAAGCCGGGGGAGCAGAGCGAGGUGGCCCAGCUCAUCCAGCAGACCCUGGAGCAGGAGCGCUGGCAGAGGGAGAUGAUGGAGCAGCGUUACAACCAGUACAUGGACGAACAAGAGGUCAGUGUUUGUGAAGGGUUCGAUUAGAGCUGUGAAACUGCUAGUAGCACAUGCAGGAGGGCAGAGGAGAGGGUGCAGCGAUUACUAAUCAGUUUGCAGGCCUUCUCAUCCUUCAUUCAUGUACAUGUGGACAAACAAACCAUCAUGGUCAAAGAGAAUAAACAGAAAAAGAAGAUUUCUCUUUCCUCUUGCUAUAGCUCUUUUUAUACAUGCACUACAUUAGGGCUGUAAUUAACCAAAGGAAUUGUUCAUCAACUGAAACCCUGAAAUUUUCAACGAAAAUCGACUCUGACGGCAAACCCUUCUGCGGCGGGGGACGACACGACUCGGCAGAGUGCAGCUCAAAGGGGUGAAAACAUACUGAUAUGAGCACAAGACAGCAAUUAAACACAAUUAUUAUAUUCAGCAAACCACCGGACGUUGAUUAACGUGUCUGUCUUUAAUCUUCCUGUCUCUAGACGGUCUCCAGUGAGCACUUGGUACGUUUCUCCUGAUAAAAUUACCCGUAGAUUGUAAAUUGACGUGGAAAAAAUUGGAGUCGACCAAUCAGAAUUUGGUCGACUAAGAGCCUAUCAACCAAUAAGUCCACCGGUCGACUAGGACUUUACAGUCCUACACUACACUCCUGAAAAUUUCUAGAUUCAUACCUGUCAUGCAUGGAAACAGCUGGAUUUUUAAGUGGCCAAGCUUCGAGUAUUUUGAUCCCUUGAAAGUUACAUAAAGAGUGAACUGCAUCCUCUACGUCAGCGGUUCUCAAGUCCAGUCCUCAAGUUUCCCUGCUUCAACACACCUGAUUCAAAUGAUUAGCUCGUUAUUAAGCCAUUACAGAGCCUGAUAACGAGCUAAUCAUUUGAAUCAGGUGUGUUGGAGCAGGGAAACAUCCAAAACAUGCAGGACAGUGGGCCUCGAGGACUGGACUUGAGAACCACUGCUCUACGCCAGUGUAAUAGGCUGUUUUCCCUCAUUUGUUCACAUUCAUGCAUUUAAAAAUGGUGGAUCUUUUGGAGUUCCUCUUCAGCCACCAUAGCCUGCAGCAUGGAGACAAUAGAUGGUACUAGAAGGUGUUACACAUCUGCAUGGAAAAAGUUAUUGUUUGGCACUUGGAGGACAUCAAAUUCAAUACAUAAGUAAUGAUAAAACCCUCGCGAACUGCCUUGUUUUCAUUGGGUCUUUAAAGUUUGCGUAACCGUUCCCACUUGCUGAGCUUUAACAGCUCUAACAUCAAAAUCAAAUCUCUUGUUGGCGGCUCCUGUAUGUGUUUUAGGAUUAUGACAUUCAGUCCAGUGUCAUUGUGAACAGAAGUGACCCUCUCCGCCGAGGUUCAGAUGCUCAUGUGUCCCUCUGGCCUGGAGCCACAGUGUUUUUUUCUCCAGGGUGUAGCAUCAGUCCGAUCAAACGAUAAGCUGUGAUCCCAAACGAGGACAGAUCAGGAUGAAUGGAGCGGGACGCCCUCAGAUGCUCUUUGCUUUUUUUUAAUCCAAAUGUCUCCGAUUUUCUCUCUGUUGUCGAUGUUUUACAUAAACAGAUCACAUGCUCAGAGGAACAGGGUGCUUUUAUCAUAAGGCAGAGGGGAAGUUGCCCCAUUCAUGUCAGGGUGAAGGAGGCGGGGUGGUUCUUGAAAAGCUCUGAAAAUCUGCUCUGUGGAGUUUAGCACCAUCUAGUGUCUGUUUGGUGUCACAGCAUAGAGAUAAAUUAAGAGGGAGAAGGUGUCUCACUGUGGUUUCUGACCUCCUAACAUUGAUACUUCCUCCUGUCAGGGUGGUGAAUAUGGCACAGAUGAGGAAGAGGAUGAUGACGAGGAGGUCAGCCCGCCGUAUCCGAGUGCCAUCGAGGUGUUUGACUUGGCGGAGAACGAGGACAUGUCGCCUCUGGAGACGGAUCCUGAGAAACUGGCUCAUAAAUACAAAGAGGUGAGAGAGAGAGAAACUCGAUUUAAUUGGAGCUUUUCUUGUUUAAUCACAGGCUGUUUUCUCUGAUGGAUAUGAACAUGUAUUUAAAACCCUCUUUUCUUUUCAGCUCCAAAUAAAGCACGCUGUGACACAGGCUGAGAUCCAACAGCUGAAACGAAAGGUAAACCACAGACAUGUCCUUUAAAAAGAACUACAUAUGGACUUUAAGUAAGCGACUCUUGUUAAGCUAAAGCUGUGGGAAUUCUGCAGAAAAGAUCUCUCAAAGACGAUGUCUUUCCAGCUGAAUGUGUAGGCUGGGAUGAUCUGCUUUUCUCCCGGUUCUAUACUUCUGCGAUAUUUUGGAUGCUGAUUCGAUUUAAAUUGCGAUAUAAGGAUACUGUCGAUUUUCUCGAUUUUUAGUGUGCAUUUUUAACCCCGGUAAAAACAGUUGAAUGAUAAUGAUGGUCUACUGACUAAUCCAGAAAACAAAUUUACCCAAAGAUUUAUUAGAUUUUAGAAUUUUAAGAUUUAUUCUAAAAUUUGAAGGAAAAAAAAAGAUUUUUGAACAUAAAAAUUGUAAAACAAAAAAUCGCGAUACUUAUGUGAAUCGUUUUUUUUUCUCCCACACCUAUUAACCAUCCCACUGAGCUUUUUUUGGUCUAAAAGAGGUCUAAAGCUACGUUCACACUGCAGGUUAUGAUGCACAAUUCGGACUUUUUGUUAAAUCUGAUCUUUUUGUGCGGUGUUCACAUUACAACAACAAAUGCGGAAUCUAAUGUAGAUGGAAUGCGUCCGUGAAGUGACUUGCAUGCGCACAAAGCACAAAUUGCUCUCCGCGCCUGUUUGUGUUGUCGAACAAUGGUGACGUUUGUCGCAUAUUGAUGACGUAUAGGUCGGAUGAACGCGACCUGAGCGUCCACACUGCAGUCACAUCGGAAACAUAUCCGAAUUAUAUCCACAUACAAAAGAGGCCUGGGUCGGAUUAGAAAAAAUCAGAAUUGCACUGUUCACACUUGCAUUAAAAAAAAUCAGAUUAUGGUUAAAAAAUCAGAAUUGACCUGCAGUGUGAACAUAGCCUAAUAGACAUCUAAAUGUAGCCUAGACGACUGGUCUAAAAUCAGGACACCACAGGUCUGAAAAUGGAAGUUUUUUAGACGUCUAAAUCCAGACCAAGUUUAGACCCAGUCUAAAUCUGGGCUAUAUCUAUACUACACUGUAUACUGCUCAACAGAUAUCAUAAUUAUCUUGGUUAAGUACUUGGAGAUCAGAUUUAGUCGCCACAGAAAAGAGGUUAAAUUAUUGGGACUGGAAACUGUCGGUGUGAAUAUUUCACUGCUAAACAGCGUUCAGAAUGAGUAAUGCAGAGUGACACAGACACUUUAACACUAAAGUAUGUGUGACGGUGUCGGCCACUAGAGCAAAACCAGUGAGGAGAAGGUUGGAUGCAGAAGCAUAAACCAGACUUAAAGGGAUAUUUCAGUGUUUUUGGAGUGAGAGUUAGCAUGAGCAAGAGCACGUCUGUGUGAUGCUGAAAAAUGACUCACCAGAUCAUAAACUUUGAUACUAUCUUAAAUGUAUUUGUUGAGUUGAACGUGUCGCCUGUGUUUUCCAGCUGCACCACGCAGAGCAGGAGAAGCAGCGUUGGCGUAUGGAUAAAGCCCAGCUGGAGACGACCCUGCAGGAGAACAAGGAGCGGAUGGAGAAGCUGGAGGGUUACUGGAUGGAGGCGCAGAGUCUGUGCCAGGCCGUGGACGAGCACCUGAAAGAGACCCAGGCCCAGUAUCAAGCCCUGGAGCGCAAGUACAGCAAAGCCAAACGCCUCAUCAAGGAGUACCAGCAGAAGUGAGAAAGCAUGAAACGGCAAAAGACGAGAACUACUACAAAAGCGAUGUGUUCAAGUCUGACUCUCUGCUUUCUGCCGUUUUCUCCAACAGGGAGAUCGAGUACCUGAAGAAGGAGACCCAGCGUUGUGCACAAGUCGGAGCGGAGGCGUCUCUGCUGAAGGAGGAGUCAGGGCAACUCCAGGAGCAGGUACAGGAGGAGACCUUGGAGAAUGAUUCUUUGCUUUUAUUCUCAGCUUUUACUUCAGAAUGUGGUCGAGAGCUGAAUCUGAAAGAGAGGAAACACUCAAAUAAGGUUUUUUUUUUUACUGUUGAAGACGAUCAAGUACAAAAAUGAUGAUAUGAAGAGCAGAGUUUGGUAUUGGUAACUGUAUUCAGAGGAAAGAAAGCGCACAUGGGUGUUAGAGUCAAUAAUCUGUGCCACUGUGGAAUCAAAAAUUAGGUCUGAGUAAUAACUGAGAUGCCCUCCUAAGAGUCUGUGUUCGUUAAGAGUGAGUGACCAGCUGUUAAAGUCGACUCUUCUCUCUCUCUCUGUCUCGGUAAGUUUAUCUCUACAUGUCCAGAGGACAAUGUUCUGUAGGAAAAUCAGUCACCUUCCCCUGAGCCAGAAGAGACAACACGCUGAGCGGAGCUUGUUCUCUGGAGAAGUUAAUCCGUGCGAGUCAGCAGCCUGCACAGCGGUCUCUUUAUCUAAGCGCUGCCUCUAGCUAUGAAUUAAAUCCUCUUCAUGUAAUCUGAAAACAAGACUUUCUGCUAGUUUCCUGUCAUGAGUUUGUUCUUCUGUCCAAAAAAAGAAAUCACCAUAAUAAAGUUUUAGUCUGAGGAGUUUCUGAUUGAGGUUGUUCAGUUUUUGCUUUCAGUUCAGCCUCCUUGAAUGAAACCCAGUUCAGUUAAACUAAAAUUAACUCCAGUUUGGUUAAAUUUAUUUACAGUCAUGAGAAGAACUCAGCCCGAACCAGCUUCAAUGCGCCAUGUGGUCUCGACACAGACGUUACAUAUGUGACAGUAAGCAGAAGCUCUAAACCUCAGCGGUUAUAUUCAGUCAUGUAGUGAUAACGAAAACCUCAGUCUGACACUGCAGCACGCAAAUAACUUAUAAAUAGUAAAUGGACGUGUACGAACGUCGUGCUUUUCUCGUCUUUCUGAUCACUCAAAGCGCUUUUACACGUCUCAUUGUCCUCAUUUAGCUCCCAUAAAGCUUUGCAGUUGACACAGUUUUUCAUCGAAUCACCGAAUCAUUUAGUGCUUGGUGGGAGGAGCCUACGACUUCAACCUCCUGAACUGAUACACAGCUGAACGUUUCAGGAUUCAGUUCAAUAAGUCAUGAUGUUUUAAGUGUGCUGUCCUAUGGUAUGCUAUUUACCAGGUCUGCUCCGUAAUUGGGCUCAGUGAGUGAUUCGUUCACUGGACGUUUAGAAGAAUUCACACUGAACAAGCACCGUUGUGGUGGCAAUUUAGCAGUAAAAAAUAAAAAAAGUUUGUUUGUCCUACAAAAAUGAUUCCAGAGAGUGUAGUUCAUUGCAUGAUUCAAGUGAACAAAUCACUUGAGGAAGUGAUUCGGUUCAGUACGUUCACUUAAAAGAUUCGGUUCUUUUGAACGAAUCGUUCGUGAAUGACACAACACUAUGACCAAGUGCCUAACAUUGUUGCUAUUAUCCCUACUGGCUAGGGCUGGGCGACAUGGGCUUUAAAAUGGAACAACAGAAGAGCUGCAGAGGAAACUAUAGAAAGAAUUUAGAUUUUUAUUUUAGUCGACCUCAGAAAAAGAAAAAUGCAAAUUCAUGAAGUUAAUGGAUUUAUCGCACGGCCCUACUACCGCCUUGAAGAUGCCCUCAGGAGCUUGCCUGGAUUGCAGGACAGGAUUUCUGUAACAGAGUGUUGGAGACUAGUAGCUCCUCAAUCUGCCAGACUGUUACUAUUACUUGACUGUCGUUCUGAGUGAGGCUGAAGCUCUUGUUUUUGCCACAGUGUCAACAGGUUGAGGUGAAAAGUCUAAUCCUCCUGAAAAAGUGACGGAUAAAACUAACUCUGUCUUCUUCUUGUUUUUCUUCUAGGUGGCUGAUCUGGAGUGCAGGGUGGAGGAGCUGAAAUCCGAACCUCUAUAAAAGCCUUUUCUCAUCACUUAUCAUGGGAACUUCACCAGAAGAAAGAAAGUGUUAUUGUUCUUACACUGACCUGCAGGGCGUGUCCGGGUUUGUGAUCGCUCACUCUCAGCGCGCCCUACAGGCUGUGUAUUUCAUCUGCCUAACCCCUUUUUAACCAAGUUUUACUUUAACUUUUACGGCAAACGUGAAGAUCGGUUCUAUCGUCACAAAGACGGACUCUGUGGAGCUCUAGAUGUGUACUAUUCCUUUUUUUAUCUCCAGUAUUUAACCCCUUAAUUUGUUGUUUUGUGACAGACCAGGCUGUUGCUUUUAUUUGCCAAAAAACAAAUCCCUUUUUUUUUUCUUUCUUCCUCUCGUCUAGUUUUGUGACCUUUAUUUUGGAGUUUGUACAGACGUGAUUCUGUGUGGUUUAACAAUCAGUUGGUUUGUAAAAAAUUUUAAUAUGUGUAUAACAUUUAACAUAAUAUAAACUAAUGAGACCGGGGGGGUUGUUGUAUAUUUUACGUGAUGGAGAUGUGUAAAUUGGGACGGAGAUUGCACUGAAGGAGACAUCGACGAGAUGCUUCACUGGAACGGAGGAAGAUAACGGGAAACGUGCGUGACGUGUCUUCAGAUUUGUACAAACAGUAACCCAACCUUCGUAGGGGUCUAGUCACUUAACCUUGAGAACCACCUGCUGCCUACCUUUCAGAAGUGUUUGUGUUUUUUACACAUUAAGACUCAUUCAUGAGCGUCCGAUCCUUCGGUUUUAAACCCUCCUCCUCUCUCUCUCUCUAUCUCUAAAUGAAGGACCACACAGAAACAAGCCUCCAGAACUGCUGUGCCACUGACAAAAACGGAUCUUUUUCCCCUUAAAAUGGAUGUUGUCGAGGAUUUGUGUAACUGGUAUUAGUUAGGACUACUGAUAUAAGAAACAUAACUGGGACUGGGACUGUUGGAGGAGCCGUUACCAGCAGCAGCAGAGUCUCUAACCAGCAGCUGCACUUGACACCGCUGUGUGUAGCACAUGGAAAACACUGCCAGGUUUAUUACACCUGUUUCGAUUCCUGCACAGUUUGAAAUGAAAUCGAGUCUACUUGUGUCAACUGUAAUACCAGUAUGUUUGUAUAGUUCAGGUUAAGGCUGAAAUAUUUUAAUUUUACUUAAUAUUUAUAAUAUAGUUAAGGUGGAACUAUGAGCUAACAAGGACAAAAACUGACAAAAGCAAUGCAAACAGUAAUGUGUAAUAGACAGUUAUACUGUGUCAUGUAUAAAAGAAGUAGAUCUGGAUAAUUACAAAAAUAAGAUUAAUGAAUUGAAAAUUUAAAAAACAGGCAUGGUUAUGAGUAUUUUCAUAAUAUUAAGGCUUGUACAGUGCACAUGCUUUGCAUUGUAUGUUUUGUGGAAUAAAUGGUCAACAGUGAUGAAUAUACGAGUCGGCCUUCUUUAAACUCGCCAAUUUGACGCUCUUGAGAGGAACUUUCUGUUUGGCGCCCCGUGUGGACAAAGCAAGCUCGUCCUCUACGUGCCGUGACAAGAUUUGCUGUGACUGUUAAUAGAGAAAUUGUAAAAACAGGGCCGUUUUCUUAGCUGCUUCACUGACACCAGUUUCAGGCAUUUAGAAUUACAACAUGCAAACUUUUGAUCUUUUCCCUGAUGGUCUUGUUUGCUUUAAGUUUUGGAAUUAAGAUACAGUGAUUUACUUGUAUGUGACCCUAGUUAGCCUGCUUGGGAACCAGACAGGUCUGUCCGCUGUAACACCAAAACUCUGGCAGGUGUUUCUGGUCCCAAUCUCAGUGGAUUCCAGUUUGGGCUCACUAGUCUUUUACUGUAAAGAGGGCAGGUUAGAUCUGAUGACUAUACAGAGAAGCACUGUUGAGAACUUGUUGUAAAACCUCUUAAGACCCGAACUCUUGCAAGGCAUGCAUUUUUAUUUUCUCUUUGAUAUUUAGGCUAAUUGGGACCUGAUGAGUGUAAAAACAAAGAAUGAUCUUUUUACAUGAUGUAGUUUCUGACCAAAAUGUUGAAGAUUGAAGCUCUCAUAAUUGUUGGAACACCCCUUUUUUGUCCUUUUUGCUCCCCAUCAUUGUAUUGAAAGCAAAAAAGACAAAUGAGAAUAAAGACUUGAAACUGAAGAUUGAGACCAUCACACUCAUUUACUAAAGGUUUAUAUCAGCAAAGGAGUUCAGUCAUUUUAUCAUCUGGGCUCAUACAAUCUUAUUUGCAAAUGGCAGAGCCGCCCCCUGCUGGUCAUUUUAAUAAAAAUGCAGACUCAGCAUAUUCCCAAAGCGCACAGUCCGUGGAUUCAGCUGGUCAUACAGCCUAGAAGUCCAUCUCUGUGCCACGUGUUGAAUUGCUCUUAAAGAUUAUAGUUUAUAGAAGCUUCUUCACGUUUUCACUUGCAAAGGAUUUUUUUUUUCAGUAACUAUCAAAAAUGAAAUAUUCACAUGAAAUGACAUUUCUAAGGUAUGAAUUGAGUUUUAAAUGCGCAUAGGUUAAAGUUAUGUAAUAUACAGGACAUUCACAAGUUCCCUGCAGCUCUUAAAGACUGAAAUCAGGAUGUACAGUUCGACAGUUUAGUGCAAUUAUUCCAUUCACACGCCCAAAAACGUCACUACAGGUGCAUCUUCUGGUGGUGUCUCCUGAGGUGAUAGUUCCUUGAAAAGCUUUUCCCACACUGUGAACAUUUAAACAUCCUCUGUCCCAAGUGGAGCAUCUGAUGAGCUUUGAGGCUCUGCGGCCGGCUGAAGCUUUUCGAGCACUCGGGGCAGCUGUAGGGCCUCACCCCCGUGUGCUUCCUCUCGUGUCUCUUCAGGUCUCCGGACUGCCUGAAGCUCUCGCCGCAGUGCGUGCACAGGUACGGCUUCUCUCCCGUGUGAGUCCUGAGGUGCACGUUGAGCUGCCCGGUGUAGGAAAACCUCUUACUGCAGUGCGGGCAGCUGUGCGGCUUCUCGCCCGUGUGGACGCGCUGAUGCUGCUUGAGCCCGUAAUGGUUGGUGAAGCCCUUUCCGCAGUCGGUGCACACGUAGAGCACUUUCACCUGCUGGAAACACGAGUGAGACUUCAACGCUUUGUUGCUCGGAAAGCUCUCCCCACAGUGAGAACAUUCACGCUCUAUACUCUCUUCGCCCUCCUCCUCCUCUUCCUCAUCCGGGAGGUUGUUUGAAUCUUUAAGCGACAGGUACUCCACAGGGUGGUGCCUCUUGAUGUGUUUGAUAAGGUAGCUCUUCAUGGUGAAGGAGAACUGGCAGAAGGAGCAGGGGAAAAGCUGAGACGUGCAGUGAUACUUCUUGCACGUGUUGUUCUUCUGGUGUUGUUUCAGGUUAGCAGAGGUAGUGAAGACUUUACUGCAGCGCUCGCAGUUGUAGGAUUUAGAGACGGCGUGUACCGUCUGCUCGUGUCUCUUCAAGAAGCCAGACUUGAUAAAAGUGGCCCCGCACUGCCCGCACUUGUGCUGCCUGAAUGUGCAUUUAUGCGCUUUGAGAUCCUCUUGAUUCCCGUAUGUUCGUUUACAGCGGUUACAGCUGAACCAUUUGUACUUCUUCAACUUUACAUUCUUUGCAGGAGGUUCCUCUGACCCGCUCUCAGUCUGAGCAGAGCUGCUUUUGGCCUUUUUGCAGCUGGCCUCUCUUCGUUUCGGAGCGAUGAGCUUCGUUAUGGCAGAAACUUUUGAUCCAGCCCCAAGCCUCUUAGGUCUCUGAGCUGGAAUUGCUUGGACUGAGUUUUGCGUUUCAGUCGCUGACUUUGGUGGAGUGAAGUCUGGAUCCUGCCUCUGAUCGUCCUCUUUGUUCCCCCCUGUCGUCUCCUCUGAGUGAUUCUCAUUCGUGUGCUGCAGAAGGAUCGCAGCUGAGGAAAAAGUGAGUGGACAGUCAGAGCAUACAAAAGGUGUCAUCGUAGAUUCUUUUGGAUCCUGAUCUGUUUUCUUGGCUCUUUUGUUUUGGGUCUGGUGACCCCGCAGAUGUCUGUUCAGGUCGCUGUACUGGCCAAAGCCUUUUUGACACACAGUGCAGACAUAAGGACGUAUCCCUUUAUGCACAGUCAGCAUGUGCUUCUUCAGGUAACCCUCGCUCGUGAAGCUUUUCCCGCAUUCUGAACAACUGGGUUGGGACUUUUCUGCCGCUCCUGCAGAGGUAUUUUCACUUCCAUUUUCAUCCACAGCUUCUUGUACCUCCUUAUCUAUUUCCCUCGCCUCCUCAGAUGGAUCUGCAGAAUUCAAACGCUCCGA